UGGAUUUGUGUAAAUCAUCGCAGCUGGUUGCUGUUUAAUAUCGAGCAGCAGCGCGAUCAUGACUGAUACGAGAAUCUCAAACAGUCGUUGUGUCUUACUACGAAAUAACAAAUUUUACGAAGCUUCCGCUUGGUCUUCUCGGAUUGACAGAUUUUCGCAGAUAAUCCCAAACCAGCUCGAUCAUAUUCUUCAUAGCCAAAACGACCCUCAGGAAAUUCGAGUGAGCAAAGUGGAAAACUUUUCUAUGAACUAAUAGAGUGUGCGAGAUGAUCGAUGGUAUGCGUCGGCAAAAAGUUACAGAACGUUUAAGACAGCUACUUGUAGACUAGUCGCUUCAUUCAAGAAAGUGGUACGACUUAUACUCGUGCAUAAUCAAAGUGGACUCGUGAAGCAUCAGCAACUUCAAGCUUCGACAGCCACAUGAGACUGAGAUUGAUGAGUCAAGUCUUGGGUUCCAGGGAGUGUUGAGGUGCUCGGACAUGAAGCACGUGAAAAGCUCUCUAUUCUGAUUGGCUAGAAUACUUUACAGUUACAUGGUGUCAGUGUUUUGAU